UGAGCGAUGUCUCUGAACAUGUGUGGCUCACAGAAAGUUGGAAUACAUGUUCUCGAACGCAAUGUUGAUCGGUGUGGCCAAGACAAGCAACGCUCGGGGUAACCGUAGGGCCUAGCCCAGAAUCCCACCAUGGGGCUGCAGGUGAUCGUCGAAAAUGCGCGGGGCUGGACUGUACCGUUGGGAGCUGUAAGACGCGGCCUGCAGGUGGCACCAGGUACCAAUAGUGCGAUGUCGGUCCGUAUUUACCCCGGAGUAUUGUGUAUUUACCGGCAGCGGGGCCCCGUUUGCCUCCAUCCACUCGAUUUCCCACUUUUACACGUCUCUUCGAGAUAUCUCUAUUCGCAUUCGUUCCUCACGAUGUAUCACCUAGACGGCAACCCGGCCCCAUCCGAUCAAUCUCUAUUCAACGACCUACUCAAAAUUACGACAUCCAAAUGGCAGUCGAUGUUAAAGAAAGACACAACUCCUACACGAGAGGAAACCGCUUCACGACCAUCGGUAUCAAGAAGCUCUACCCAACUCUCGGUCCCAAGAUCGAAGGAAUAAAGGAAGCAAAUUCAAGCGAGAAACAGCUCGACAAGCUGUGGCAGAUAGUGGGAGAAGCGUAGCCUUUGCCUCUCUCUACUUCUUUCGGGUUGUGGUACGAUGCGGACUCGACAUGCCUGUGGCUUACGUUCUAUGACUCCACGCUCUCUUGAAACCAUAUCCUCUUCCACCAA